AUGUCUGUCUCUGGUGUAUUUAACAAGGGCCGCGGUCUGGGCCAUGAGGCGGCCACUUCUGUUCUUCGGUAUAUUCCCCGCCCACGCGUGCCGUGGCAGCCAAGCCGCUUCAGUCGUGCCAAUCUCACACCGGAGGAUCUCACGCAGAUGUGGGGCCGCGGCCGCUAUCGCAGUGGACCGGGAAACUACAACAGCGGCUACAGCACAGAGAAGACACAUGUGUUGGAGGAUCGCACGGUGUCUAUGAUACCAAAGCAUGAAUUGGAGAAAUAUAUGCCGGAUAUCAGUAUUGGUCCAAAGGCAUUGGUGACACCUGUAUCUCUGAUGAGUGCUCGUAAUGGACAUCGUGUGACGCAUGAUAUGAUUCACUCCUAUGAUCCACAUAUUGGACGUCUUGACAAACCAGCAGUGGUAGAUCAUGAGAAUAUUAAUGUGGAGGAUCCAAAUCGUGUGGGAUUAAAUGCCGCUACUUUGGAUUGUCGUGGUCGUAUCUAUCGUUGGUUACGUCGUGGUCCAUUCUUUCAAGAAGAUCACUAUUUUAGACGUUCAGUGAAACUUAAUCGUGAUGGAUCUGUACCUGCGGCAACCCAUGAAGUACCUCUUAUGCGAAAGAUUAUUCGAUUAGCCCAACGUGGUCAUCUUAAAGCCGCUUGUGAAGAAUACCGUCGGGUUACAAGUAUUCCACCUGUGGAAGUUUAUCGUGCUCUCACUGCCUGUUGUAUUGCUGGUAAACGUAUAGCCGAUGCGGUGGCUAUUUUUGAAGAUGGAAAUAGUAAACUCUUUUAUGUGGCACGAGAUGGAGAGGUAUUAUAUAAUCUUAUGAGAUGUGCAAUUCGUGCUAAACAUCGUGUACGUGUGAUGUGGGUAUAUAAUGUGAUGCGGGGACGUUAUUAUGAAAAUGUUGUGGUUCGUGCAGAAGUGGAUCCUAUUUGGCGUUAUCGUAUUGCGAUGUUGGCAUUGGAGUACUUGUUGGAUCACAACUGUGCAGAAGAGGCCGCUACGGUGUACAAUUAUCUAAUGGAGGAUAAUCUUUUACAAUGUGAUGUGCAUGUGCGUAUUGGUCAUCAUAUGCGAGAAGCCCUUGCCGCUGGUAAAAAAGUUUCACUCAGUGAUGAUGUCAUGCGAGCAACAUCCUUAGUAAAAGAUGUGGAAGCUGUGGCUCCAGAGGUAGCACGUGAGGUAUAUAAACGUUAUUUGGAAGUCCUACGCAGUAAUGAUGAAUCUACAGCAUUAUCAUCAACAGAGAAAAAUGGAAAUCCUUUAUGGUCUGUACAUGGACCAUUAGGUCUUGAUGAACCUUCCCCAAAUGAUUCUAUGAUGUGGUUGCAACAACAAUUUAGUGAUAUUAACGUUGCAAGUAUUCUGCGAUGGGCCCGAUUUUAUCAUGGAAAAGAUUUAAUGGCAAAGGAUCGUUCCAAAUAUCUUUCCCGUGCAGUGUCUUGGAUUGAACUUCUCAGUAAGAGAAGUCAUCAAAUGGAAGAGUCUCCUUUAACCUACAUGCGUAAAUCAAAGCCACUUCAAUUGGAUACCAACAGGAAUGUACGAGUGGCUUGGCAAACACCCAUUACGAAAACAAAUGGAGCUCCACGACUACUCGCAAGAGAAGAGGGAUUUAUAUUCCAUCAUGAGGAACAAACACGCUUUGUAACGGAGACCUAUCGUCAUCCUGGAGAAACUCUACAAUCACGUUUUCUGGCACUUCAACCGGUUCACAAGGAAGUUUCUGCAAAGGAAGACUUUCAAAGGAUUUACACCCAAAAGCAACAACAACAAUUAUUACAACAACGAUUACGAGAGGCACUUCCUACUGCAGUCUCCACACCACCGGCACGUAUUUUAUAUCACUCCGUUACGAAUGAACUGCAUAAUAAUACUGGUAGUAGUAGUAGUAGUGGUGAUAAGAGUCUUCAUAAGUCUUCAACAGAGACAACAACAACAACAAGAAGAAGCAGUGAAAUGGGAAGUACAAAGGUAGGAGGAAAAGAGAAUAAGGAGGAAACGGGAACAUCUUCAAAGUCCCAUUCUGUUGCUGGAAGCACUAGUACUUCUGGUGGGGUUACGCCAGAGUUCUAA